GAUGUUCGAGGGGUAUAAAAGGUAAAGUUUGGAAAUUAGAAUAUUAUAAGUGUUUCUUCACAGUUCAAAAGGCUCUCUUGCAACUUUGCUUGGACCACAAAUCUACUGAUCAUGACUGAUUUUGAUUUGGCUCUGCAGGCCUUUGCACCCAUUGGCGUUGACAAGAGAAUGAGUGGAGGAGAGGUUCUCACCCGUCUGUUCCAAACUCACCCAGAAACCCAAGGGCUGUUUCCCAGGUUUGAGAAAAUACCACCAGGUGAACUGGCAGGUAAUGCCGCAGUGGCAGCCCAUGGGGAAAUAGUGCUGCAGAAGCUGAGUGAACUGCUGAAUGCCAAGGGGGCCCACGCUAGUGCCCUGAAGCCCAUGGGCAAAACACACGCCACAGUGCACAAGAUCAAACUGAACAACUUCGACCUGAUCACUGGGGUCCUUGUGAAGAUGAUGGAUGAGAAGAAGGUAGAUAAGGCAGCGCAGGAUGCCUUCAAGAGGGUGAUGGCCGUGGUAAUAACCGACCUGGGAAAACUCUACACGGAGCACGGGUUCUCUGGAUAGGCAGCGUGCUGCAACCUCCUGACGACCCUACAGAGCAGGAUAACUGGAAGCACUUCCAUCCAAAGGGCCUGGUGGGGUGGUCCAUUGCCCAUGUAUUAGAUUCUGCUACAACAGCAUUUACUGUGACUAACAUCUGCUUUGACUGCUUAGAACUGUGAUUCAAUCCAAUGCACACACACAAUAAAGAAGAGAAAUACAAAAUAAUAAAAAAGGAAAAUGAAAUCAGUAAAGAAAUAAAAGGACUUUCAGCAAUCUGUAACAAUUAUCUGCUUUAUGUGCUUACUAAAUAUAAACAGAUUUAUUUUUACUGUCAUUUCUGUGGAUCACAUGACUAUUUUUGUGUAUUAUGUGUCCUAGUGUUAGAGAGACACUAAAAAACAAUAAAAAAUAAUAAUAAUAAA